CUCUCGUGCAGCAGUCGCUGUUCCACUUAAGAUCAGCAGAGGGAAACGUCGCGCGCGCUUCCUCUCGAGCUCAGACAAUAAAAACAAGGCGAAGCCCUCACGCGCAGACGGCAGCAGCAUCUCAGAGCUGAACGUCUGAGGACUGACGAGCCGCUGCUUGGGACAAAUAUGGACACAUGGCCGCCGAGCUGGGACUAGAGAUGUAGUUGCAAGGAUGCCAGCCAGCUCCGUCUCUCGCUUGCUCCUCUGCGUGUGGAUCUUUGCGCUUCGGGAGGCGCUGGCCAAAUCUCUUCCAGAGCAGGGAGCGUUUGAGGUGCAAAUCAAAGUCCAGGUGUUCGACAACAGCGACCUCUCACCGCUGGCCGACGCUCAGGUGGAAGUCCACGGCAACCAGACCAUCUUGGCGUCCAGCAGGGCGGGCAGCGAUGGCGUCCUGAGGGUCAGCUUCCUGUACCGCACGGGGACAUGGGUCAUCAUCACGGCCUCCAAACAAGACUACGUCACCAACUCCGUGCCCUGGCACUCCAGCCGCAUCCCCCUGUAUGCAUCAGUGAGUCUGUACCUGCUGGUCCAGAGGCCGGGAACACUUAUCCUGUACGAUGACGUCCUGCAGGUGCUGUCCGGGUCACCAGGAGCUCGAAAUCAGCCGCUGGUGCAGCUCCAGAGGAAGUCGCUCCAGCUGCCGUCCAACUCCAACUACACGGCGCUCUCUGCUGCGCUGACCACCGCCAGGACUCAGUAUGAAAUCGGUGGUUUCCCGUUUCUGCUGGGACAAGAAACCAACAGCUCAGGUGCAGAAACAGGGUGGACAGACCUGACUGCUUUGGCCGUCGUCAGCAUUCAGCUCUUUGACAGAGAUGGCCGUGCGAUCCAGGUCUCAGAUCCGAUCCACGUCUCCGUGCCGUUGCCGUCCGACACUCGUAACAGGAUGGCGACCAGUGUUCCUGCUUGGUUGUAUCAGCCUAAGACGGGUCUGUGGGUUCGUAACGGGACGGGUUACAUCAAAAAGGACGGCCCGCAGUUUGUGUGGAACGUGGUGGUUCCUCAGAUGGGAUACUGGUUAGCCGCCUUCCCUUCAUCGUCAGGGUUGGGUCUGUCUCACCCAGGCUUGAGGGACAUCACCACCUACCACACCCUGUUCCUGCUCUCCAUCCUGGGCUCGCUGGCCCUGCUGGUGCUCAUCCUGCUCUGCGUGCUGCUCUACUACUGCAGGCGAAAGUGUUUAAAACCUCGUCGCCAGCAAGGGAAACCCCACGCGGCCAAUCUGAAUGGUGCGAAGAGAGACCAGGGUACAUCCACAUCACGCCUAAAUCUGAUCUGUGGAGGCCACGUUGAGUCUGACCCGUCCAAUGACAAAUCUGAGAUGUCCCCGUCUCGAGACUACCAGAGCUCAAGAGAGGACUUAACCAAACAUGUUCCUGCGCACAUGCUGCGGCACGCAAAGGGAAAAAACGCCUCUGGUCCCCAACGAGGUGAAAGUUUCCCCAUGAAGGUGACGCGUGCCACCGAGACCAACAACCUGGACAACCCUUUGCUGCACGACGACUACAACCGGAGCUACAGCCCCAUGGAGGGUAAAGAGUCCGAAUAUCACAGACACCACAACGCCAACGACAAUCGAGGGUACUCCUCCGAUCCGCCAUCACCUCCUCGCUUCCAAGGGUACGUGCCUAGCCAGAGCGACAAACCGCCCGAAUACUCGGCAGCAGCUGCGGACAGCCUCGCCAGACCCACCUCCCUCAACACCCAGCCGGGUCAGAUCAUCUUCUGCAGCUCCAUCGACCAGAUGAAGGAGAACAUGUACCGCAGCAUGGUGCCGACCCUCGUCAUCCCGGCUCACUACAUGCGCCUCCCCUCCGAGUUUUCCAAAGAUGGCAAAGACCAGAAGGACCAGGACAAAGAUGGUGCACAGAUGGGAGGAGGCCAGCAGCACCAUCACCACCACUCCCAGAACAAAUCCCAGCAGCAGCAGCAAGGCGGAUCCCAAGGCGACGACUCAGAGGAUCCGAGCUGGGCGUCCGAUUCCUCUGGCGGACCCGUGACCAUCCCUGUGCUCUUCAAUGACUCGACCAUGGCGCAGAUGAACGGUGAAUUGCAAGCUCUGACCGAGAAGAAGCUGCUGGAGUUGGGGGUCAAACAGCACCCGAGGGCGUGGUUCAUCUCCCUGGACGGACGUAACAACGCUCAUGUGCGUCACUCUUACAUAGAUGCUGGGAAUGACCUCAGUGGCGGCGGCGGCGGUGGAUUCUUAGGUGGUCCGAGCAGUGCUGCCCGAGAUGUCAACUUGGAGCCGCCUCUGGAGUCCCAAGAACGCAAAGCGGGAAUGAACCGGAAGGGAAAAGACGAGCGUUGGGGGACUGGAGGACGCAAAGGCCACGGUGUGAGCAGCAGCGGCGGGAAGUGUUACUCCAAGCUGGCGUACCCGGACCACAGCGAGCCGAGCAGCAGCGAGGGACGCCCGGUGUCACCCGAGGAGAACUCCCUCACCCCUCUACUUGAUGAAGGUCCGUCCUCCCGAGGAUCCACCAUCCCGAGGAGAGGUCGCAGUCGCGUGAACAGCAGUCGCAGCAGCAACAGCGAGAACCGUCGCGACUCCAUGACCAGCCCCGAGGACGACCCCGACGACAAAGACGAGAACAAGAAGAGCCCCUGGCAGAAGAUCGAAGACAGGCCGCUCAUGGUCUUCCACCCCAGGAAGUGAGCCGAACUUACUGAACAAUCUUUUUUCGAGAGAAAGGGGGGAAUCUUUCGAGUUUUCACCGAGAGAGAUCACAAUAAGCACAACCACGCUUCACUGGUCCAUCUCCAGGUUGUCGUUUGACCUUUGUGUUCCUGGUGAGGUGCUUUUUGCACUUUCCCGAUGCCUCUCGUCGUCUCGCCGUCAGUUAAUCUCACCGCGGCGAUCUGUCGUACACUGAAACGUAUCCAGUUUAUUGUGAAUUCUGUCACCUAUCACGUCACUGAACCAUCGUCUGAGCCAUCGCAUACUGACUGUGGAAAUAGCCAUUUUAUAGAGCAAAAUAUAAGAGUAAAGCACUUACUAAUGAUUUGAUAAUUGAUUGAUUGAUACUUGACAAGUAUUUGGAAGUGGAUUUUUUAUGAGAUUUAUGGGUGUUUAGGUGAAUUAGAUUUCCCUCUUUGGAUUUAUAAUGUACAAAGGCUCAUAUUGAUGAUAGAAGAUGUGUGCCUGUGUUUCUUUAAAUGCUGAUGUAGAGGUGUGGACUUGAGUCACGACUUAGACUUGGGUCACAAAUUUGAUGACUUUGGACACGACUUGAGGAAAGAAAACAACUUGCAACUCGACCUUUAACACCUGUGACUUGAAAAUACCUUCUAGGGGUCGACUGAUAUUGUUUUUUUAGGGCCGAUACCGAUACCGAUUAUUAGUAGUUAAUGAGACUGAUAAGUGAUAUUUGGAUCUGAUAUGCAUUAACAAUAAAAAUGAAAAUAUUAGAAUUUGGAAUACAACAAACACCGGCACAAAAUAAAUGCCUUUAGCAAAUGUUUAAUCAAAACUGAAACUUUCAACGUCAUAUACAGCAAGUU